CAGUCUUUUAUAUUUUGAUCUUAAAUUAUUUAAUUAUGAUCGAAUAAGUGUAUAUCAUGUUCUUAUAGCAUUAAUUUAAAACUAUGUCUUUAAUAACUAAACGCAUAAUAUUCUAUUAAUUUUUUAUAAAUAAUAAUUUCGAUGAUACUGGAGUAACUGAACAAAGCAGUAUAUUAUAAAAUUGAAGUCAUAGAAAAUUAAGAAAAUAUGGUUGAUCGAAGGCAUCAAAGAAAAUAUUAUGGAAAUUCCUUUAUUCAUAUAAUUUUAAUUGCAAUGAUAUUUGUAACAGUAUCACACGCUAACGAUUCGUCAAAAAUGGAGAAGAACGCGAUGGUUUGCGCGGAAUUCCUAACGUGCCAGAAAUGUGCGAGACACGUCUUUUGCAGUUGGUCGUUGGACCUCCAGAAAUGUCUGGUGACGCCGCCGACUUUGGGAAACCUGACGGUGAACAUCGAAGCGCACUGUCCGCAGUUCUCGGUGCCCAAGAAAUCCGUGUUGAGGGACGAGCUGUUCUCGUACACGGUGGUGGUGUCCAACGACCAGAACAACUUCGUGAAAUUCCUGCAGGACCGGACGAUCACGUGUCACCUGGACGAAGAGAAACUCCCGGGGUACGUGCUGAACGACGAGAUAAAAUGCGACACGAAAAGGCUGGCCGCGCAGAGGAACAAGCGGUUCAAGGCGCUGAUGAUCUACCACUAUUACAUCACGAUCGACGACGGCAUCAUACUCAGGUACAACAACGAGUCCGACAACUACUUCGUGUACUACGACCACGAGUGCGACAGCACGUCCAGGGACGACGAGUGCGUGACGUGCGCGUGGAACGAGUACGGGUACAAGAACUACUACAAACGGUGUUCGGUGAGGAACCGGUGCGUGGGCCAAUACGAGUAUUACGCCAGGUGGCACGCGAACAACUACACCGCGGUGAUGGCCGCCGGCGACGCGGACGGAGGGGUGCGCCUGGAGUGUCCGGAAGCCGAGAUCCUGUCGGUGGACCCGAUGACGGCGCCGUGGCUGGGCGGCACGACGGUGCGGUUCACGGUGGUCAACCACCGGGUGAUGGCCGAGGGCAAGGAAGUGUCGGUGACGGUGGCCGGGCGCGAGUGCACGGAACCGAAAAUGUGGCCGAUGCAGGACGACAAGCGGGUGACGGGCAUCUCGUGCACCAUGAUGCCGGCGGCCGUCACCGACCGGCGCCGGAACCACGAGGGCCCCGUCCGGGUGCAGUACACCGGCGACCAGCCCAAGGUGACCGUCACGUCGGCGCUGGUCGUCGGGCUGGUGGACCCAGUGAUCGCGGACAUGAGCCCCAGGUGCGGGCCCGCAACCGGCGGCACCAUGUUGCGCAUCGCCGGCCGGUACCUGGACGCCGGCACCACGUUGCGCGUGUCCGUCGGCGACUACGCCAACUGCGAACCGGUGGCCCUGUACCCGGACCUGUUGCUGUGCGUGACCGGGCCGGCCGUGGUGGCCGGGCCCACGGCGGCCCGGAUCAACGUGGUGUUCGACGGCCAGCUGAGCAAGUACGUGGGCGACGGGUCGGUGGUGUUCACGUACGCGGCCGUGCCCGCCCUGGACGCCGGACAGUCGCUCCAGGGCAUCGCUUCCGGCGGCACGGCGGUCCAGCUGCGCGGCCGGCACUUCUCGUGCCUGCGGUACGCCAUGCUGUACGUGCACCACGGCGAGCGGUUGCACUACACCAGCUGCCGGUUGGUCAACGACACGCUGGCCGUGUGCCGGGCGCCGAAGCUGCCGUACGGCCACGUGGACUCGGCCGCGUCGCUCAAGUACGGGCUCCGGGUGCAGGACCCGGAGUACCACGAGAUGGACCUGUCGCCGCCGCGGGACCCGCACGGUUACAGUUUGCACCCCGAUCCGGUGCUGGUGGAUUUCGUGACGGACGGCCGCACCGUGACGAUCAACGGCCGCGACCUGGACCGCGGUUACCGGUGGCAAGACGACCUGACCGUCCGGUUCCGGGGUUCCGGCGGCGGGUGCGACGUCACGUUCACGGACCACCGGCGGAUCGUGUGCGUGCCGUCCAACCCGUCCGCGGCCGACCUGGACGCGGUGCCCGGCGUGAUCGUCACCAUCGGCGACACGUUCGCCUACGUGGUCAAGCGGAAGGCGGACGGCCGGAACCGCGGCCGGAACAGCGGUCCUCCCGAAAACGUCGUGACCGGCGUCAAGAUCGUUUGUCUGAUCGCCAUCGCCAUCGCGUGCAUAGCCGUGUACCGGACCAAGGCCAAACACAGGGCAGGCGCCACGGCGGCGGCGGCGGCGGCGGCGGCGUGCAACAACUCCAACACCACCAUCACCACCGACCACACCUCCGUCGCGUCGUCGGUCGGAUACCGCAUCAACUGAUCGUCGCGACGCUGCUACAGUACGACAAACUUGACGACGAAUAUUAUUUUUGAUUUGCACAGUUGGUCAAACGAUAAUAUGUGUACCGUUGAUGCGCGUCGUACAUACGCGUCUCCUACCCCGUGACGAUGGCCCUUUGCGCGUAUGCAUUGUCCAUUAAUCGGUUUCGGACGUUCCGUUCGUUUCGGAGUUUUAUAUAAAUAUAUAAUAUACACUAUAUGAUAAUAAUUACUAUUAUUC